AUGAGCAUACACCGAGAAGGGUGGUUGGAGAAUAGCUUUUACAGCAAUCUGAACCAACCGCCAGAGGGUUAUCGAAGUAAAUAACGGUCCGAUCAGGAGACAGCAAGGAAAAAGUUCAAGGGACUUGAUCUCCCUCGACCGCAACCUGCUGGUGCUAUCCUCCAAUCUCCUCAGGCCUUGAAAUCUCUGAAUGGACAACCAAUGAUACUUGCUGGCCCUGUUCCUAUGCCACUGAUAGCUACACAAGGCAAGACUCGUGAGGAAUGGACGGAGGAGCAGAAGCAGAAGGGAAAAACAAUGGUCUCUUUGGGCGAUAUGACUGCGACAGAUGAAUGA